AUUCAAUUUAAAUAGUACAUUCUAAAAUGAGUUUCCCUAAUGCAAAGACUGAUAAAUGCAGCACCCAUCACAUUUAUGAAGAGCCAGAACGAAUCCCUGAUUUUUCGUGAGUGAUCAAAGUCUGUAAUACACCUUUGGUGUAUUCCUCCACUUCAAAUUCUAGCAGGCAGCAAACCAGGGGUGCCAAGCUAAGAGCUAGAGUUGUACCUAGGACUCGUGAAGGGAGUAAUACCUCCGUUCCUGUGUUGAAGAGGACCCAGGCAAUACACAACCCUCAACAGAUAUAUAACUUCAACCAAGAGAACGACGAUGACUAUCAGAAUCAAUGCAGUCAUAAAUCUAAUGGGAAAGACUUACAGUCAAGUCUGAAAUUGAAGUUUAAAGAUUGGAACGUUAAGGAAUUCAUACCCAAAAACUGCCUUCAGACAGUUGAGUAUGCUGAUAAGGCUAUCGGAACAGAUUCUAAGAUCCUUUUCAGAAACGAUAGCAGGCUAGCGAAGUUCCGUAGUAAAUCUAACCAGAGGAGUACAAGAACUUUUGGAAUUUCAACUGGUAUUUUAAAGCCAAAUACCAAUUCCAACCGAGAUAUUGCAUCUAAAAGUGUGCAAAGUUCUAGAGGUAGACUAGAGACUCCUUAUUCAAGAACCAGGCUUGCAAUUGAGCAAAACAAGAGGUCUUUCAAAGACUAUACACAGAAAAUGAAGAUAAUUGAUACCAUCAAGCUUACCAAAAAUAAACUAAAACGAUUUGAAGGUACUAAUUUCUGUAUGAAAAAUAAGAGAAUCAAGACUUUACUAGCUGUUCAGAAGGCUUUAGCAGAUAACAGAAGACUUAUGAAGGCAGGGAAGAUCAACCAGCUCAAGCAAUUUGAUUUUAAAAAGUUCUUAAUGACACGAAAGGAGGGUACUUCUAGUACUAAGAUCAAUAAAAUUCAAGUAGCAAUAAAAAACCGGGAUCUAAAGAUAUCUCCAAUCAGACAGUUUAUAUGCAGGUCUCAGUCUGUGGGAAGGACUCACUUCCCUAAGAAGACUUUUUGGAACUCUAGUAAGAUCAGAAUCAGGUAAUAUAAAUGCAUUUUUCAAUAUAUCUAAAAGUA